AUGCUUGGUAAAGGAACAUUAUGUUUUUCUGGUCUUUUCUUAACUAUAAGCUGUCUUUUUGUGUACCGUCUCAUUCUCCAUCCACUAUCACGAUUUCCAGGUCCCAAGUUGGCCGCGGCGACAAAAUGGUAUGAAUUUUAUUACGACAUAGUAAAGAGUCCAGGAGGGCAAUUUGCCAAAGAAAUCGAGCGCAUGCACGAUCAAUAUGGCCCUAUUGUUCGCAUAAACCCAGAUGAGAUUCAUAUCAGGGACCCUUUGUGGUUCGACACACUCUAUGCACCAAACCCAACACAGCGUGACAAGUACCCACCGGCCGCUCGAAUGGCGGGUUUGCCUCUGGGAAGCCAUGGAACGGUCGAGCAUGGUAUACACCGGAAGAGAAGGGUUGCUAAUGCACCUUUAUUCUCGAAACGGGCGAUAAUUUCGGACGGACAAAAUUUAAUUCAGCAACAUGUCAAAGAGUUGAUAGGUAUAUUCGAAGAGCACUUUACAGAGGGCAAGCCUAUCCAACUAGACACAGUUCUACUCGCUUUUACUACGGAUACUCUUUAUCAUUAUGCCUUUGACAGAGAGUCUGGUUUGAUGAGUGAUCCUAAAGCCGCUCGAAGUUGGAGAAAUGCUAUGGUAUCAGUAGCAGCUGCAACACCUUUCAUCAAACAGUUUCCUUGGAUUCUUAGAAUUGUGAGGGCUUUCCCGCAUGCAGUACUUUCUUACCUACUGCCAGAUGUGUCAAGACUUCUUGGAGUCCAUAUGACAAUGAUGAGCCUGGUUUCAGAAUAUAUUGCUACCAGGGAUGACCGCCCUCGUCCUACAGAGAAGGAACUCCAAGGUGAUUCCAAUACGAAAAUUGGUUUAGAGCGACCUCCAACGCUCUUUCACUCCAUCGAAAGAAGCGCACUACCACCUCACGAAAAGAGUGCAGUCCGUCUACAACAGGAAGGAACUACAAUGCUAUUCGCAGGCAGUGAAACUACUGCUCGUCUUCUAGCUCAUACCAUAUUUCACCUUCUUGAUAACCCAGAUGUUGUGCAGAAAAUCAAGGACGAACUACUUGAAGUAAUGGGUGAUGAUAAGCAAAUACCCGACUUGAAAAUUCUUGAAAAACUGCCGUGGCUGACUGCCUCUGUCCGUGAAUCUCUUCGACUUAGGGCUGCAACAACAUCUAGACUUCCUCUUGUAUCUAAAACAACGCUUGCUUAUAAGGGCUGGGUCAUUCCGGCUAAUACACCAGUCAGCAUGAGCCAUCCAGAUGUCCUUCAUAACCCCACGAUCUAUCCUGAGCCGCUUAAGUUUGAUCCCGAGCGCUGGUUCAAUCCGAGCGAGCAAGCCAAUCGCUCCUUCGUCGCAUUUGGAAAAGGAACUCGUAUGUGCCAGGGCAUGGAUUUUGCAUAUGCAGAAAUGUAUAUUACUCUUGCUACUCUCUUUUUACGAUUUGACCUUGAGCUUUUUGAAACAUAUCGUGGGCGCGAUAUUGACUAUGUUCGAGAUUGUUUCUUAGCUGAAGCUAGUCCAUCAAGUCAGGGCAUUCGUGUUAAGGUAGUUUCUAAUAGCGGUAAAUAUAUAAACUAA